AUGUCGAGGAGUCGGAUAUUUCUGCACGGGAAAAAGAAAUUCAACAUGGAUCCGAAAAAGGGCGUGCGGUACCUGGUGGACUGUGGGCUGCUGGAGUGGAGGCCUGAACCUGUCUCGGAGUUUCUCUACAAAGAAGAAGGGCUUAACAAAACGGCCAUCGGGAACUUCUUAGGAGAAAGAGAGGAAAUGCAUUUGGCGGUGCUGCGAGCCUUUGUGGAGCUGCAUGAGUUCUCCGACUUGAAUCUGGUGCAAGCUUUGAGACAGUUUCUGUGGAGUUUCCGGCUGCCGGGAGAAGCUCAGAAGAUCGACCGCAUGAUGGAGGCCUUUGCGACUCGAUACUGCCUCUGUAACCCAGGGGUGUUCCAGUCCACCGACACAUGUUACAUCCUGUCCUUCGCCGUCAUCAUGCUCAACACCAGCCUCCACAAUCCCAACGUCCGGGACAAACCCAGUCUGCAGUACUUUAUCUCCAUGAACCACGGCAUCAACAACGGACAAGACCUGCCUCACGAGCUGCUGUCGAAGUUGUACGCGAGCAUUCGAAGUGAGCCGUUCAAAAUCCCAGAGGACGAUGGGAAUGACCUCACGCUCACCUUUUUCAACCCGGACAGAGAAGGCUGGCUGCUCAAGACCGGCGGCAGGGUGAAAACGUGGAAGAGACGCUGGUUCAUUCUGACAGACAGCUGCUUGUAUUACUUCAAAUACACAACUGACAAAGACCCCAUCGGCAUCAUCCCGCUGGAGAACCUGUGUGUGCGGGAGCUGCAGGACUCUGGCAAACCGUUCUGCCUGGAGUUGUUCAGCCCUAAAGCUCAGAAAGUGAAGGCUUGUAAGACGGAGCCCAGGGGCCGCGUGGUGCAGGGCAAGCACCAGUCCUACACACUCAGUGCCUCCAGCGCAGAGGACCGAGAGGCCUGGGUCCAAGCUAUCAGAGCCAGCAUCAGCAAAGACCCUUUUUAUGACUUGGUCUCAGUUCGAAAACGGAAAGUGAUUAAGUCUACGUCGACAUGA